UAUUCACUUUGUGACUUCAGGUCAGACAGUGUGUCAGGGCAGUCCUGAGGAGCCGUGCUAUAAGAUUGCUUACUUCAGGGACGUGUCGAGUCGUGUUGCAUUCUGGGAGGCUCAGGAUGCGUGUGAAAUGGAUGGCGGUUCGUUGCUGAGCAUUGAGAACACAGCAGAGCAGAAGCACAUCGAACAUCUUCUGCGGGAACUCAGUAUCUUCACUUCCACCGGUGCUUCCAGCGGGUCGGGUAUCACAGACGGAGACUUCUGGAUCGGGAUGACACGUGUGGAGGACGAGACAGCACAGGAACCUGGCAGCUUUGCCUCGUGUCCCAACCUGUACAGGUGGACAGAUGGAAGUGUCUCACAGUUUAGAAACUGGUAUGCUGAU